AUGGCUGCCAAGAAGGGCAGAAGCCAGCAAGAGUCACGCUGGAGGUGGCUGAAGGCAGCGUUCCUCCUCUCCUCUGCUGCCGUCGGUGGUCUCCUGCUCUGGGGCUCCCUGAGCGCCGAGGAGGGGGUCACGGAGGUGCUGGCUCAUCGCAGGGAGAGCCUGCAGGACAAGUUCGUUGAGGUCCCCUGCUCCGAGGACUACGACAGCCACAGAAGAUUUGAAGGGUGCACUCCUAGAAAGUGUGGAAGAGGCGUAACGGAUGCAGUCAUCACAAGGGAAGAAGCUGAAAGAAUUCGCAGAAUAGCAGAGAGGGGACUGUCCUUGGGAGGAUCUGAUGGAGGGGCAUCAAUUUUGGACUUGCACUCCGGAGCUCUUUCAUUGGGGAAGCAUUUUGUGAAUCUGUACAGGUACUUUGGGGACAAAAUUCAAGACAUAUUCACAGAAGAGGAUUUUGCAUUAUAUCGUGAUGUGAGACAGAGAAUUCAAGAAGGGAUCGCUCAGGCGUUUGGUAUCAGCUCUGCUUCCAUGUACCUGACUAAGCCAACGUUCUUCUCGAGGAUAAACAACACAGAAGCCAAGACAACACAUGACGAAUACUGGCACCCACACGUUGACAAGGUAACUUAUGGCUCUUUUGACUACACUUCACUGCUCUAUCUCUCUGACUACACUGAGGAUUUUGGUGGUGGCCGGUUUGUGUUUAUGGACGCGGGUUCCAACAAGACGAUAGAGCCCCGAGCAGGCCGGGUUUCCUUUUUCACCUCUGGAUCGGAGAACCUUCAUCGGGUGGAAAAGGUUCACUGGGGCACUCGCUAUGCCAUCACCAUCUCCUUCACUUGCAACCCAGACCAUGGCAUUGGGGAUCCGGUCUUGAUGUAA